GAAACAUUAGUACUGAUCUCAUUGUACAGAUAGGGAAACUGAGGCUUCUAUGCAGAGAGUCUCAGCUGCUAGGGCCCAGAGCUGGGAAGAGUCCAUCCAGGUUCUCACCUGGCCUGUGCCACACUCCAGAACCUGUGCUCCAGCCCAUAGACUCUGCCCACACUCCCAGUCCAAACCCUGUGCUCCAGCCCAAAGACUCUGCUGCCCACACUCUCCUUCGGGUGUGAUAAGGACUGAAGACAGAACCUGGCAGAGUCCACUUUCCUGCCAUGGUUUCCAGGUCUGUCUAACAAGGGUCCUUGACUUGCAGGCCCUGGAGACAGCUAUUGCCCAAGAGAAAAACAGAGCGAAGGAGGCUCUAGAGGGGGAGCAGAUGAAAGCCAGAGAGGUGGAGAGUCGCUUGACCUACCAGAAGAAGGCUUUCGAGGAGAGCAUCACGCAGGAGAAACACAGAGCACAGGAGGCCCUGGAGAAGGCACAGACUCGAAUUCGUGAUCUGGAAGGCCACUUGGCCUGUCAAAAGGAGGUCUUGGAGGACAGUGUGGCCCGUGAGAAAAGAAAAGUGCGGGAAAUGCUGGAGGCAGAAAGGAGGAAGACACAAGACCUGGAGAACCAACUGACCCAGCAGAAGGAGAUAGCAGAAAGCAUCACCUCGGAGAGACUCAAAAUGCGAGACACCCUGGAGAAGGAAAAGAGGAGAAUCCAGGACCUGGAGAACCGCCUGACCAAGCAAAGAGAGGAAAUAGAAUCGAAGGGACAAAAAGAGGACAUCUUAAAUAAUAAAUUAAAUGACGCCCUGGCCAUGGUGGAGGAGGCUGAGCGGAUGAAGACAGCCGAGAGCCGCAAGUUAGACGAAACAGUAGCCGAGCUCGAAAAGACCAAGACAAAAAUGAUCAUGAUGGAGGAGCGGCUGAGGCUGCAGCAGCAGUCCAUGCAGGCAAUGCAGGAUGAGCGGGAAUCCCAGAAGCACGGCUUCGAGGAGGAAAUCACGGUGUACAAAGAACAAAUCAGACAGCACUCGCAGACCAUCGUGAGCCUGGAGGAGAGGCUCUGCCAAGUGACUCAGCACCACAGGAAAAUAGAAGGAGAGAUUGCGACGUUAAAAGACAAUGAACCAGCUCAUAAAAAGAAGGUAUCCAAAGAGCCCGCAGCAGGACCUGUGCCGGACAGCAGUGCCAAAGAAAUAGCGUGCGACCAUCUGAUAGAUGACUUACUGACUGCUCAGAAGGAAAUCCUGUCUCAGCAGGAGAUCAUCAUGAGGCUGAGGACAGAUCUCACUGAAGCCCAUGGCCGCAUGUCAGAUCUGAGAGGGGAGCUAAGUGAGAAGCAGAAGAUGGAGCUGGAGCGACACGUGGCCCUGGUGCAGCAGCAGAACAACGAGCUGAGCAUGCUCAAAGUGAAGGUGGCGCAGACAAGCGGCCUGGUGGAGAAGAAAGACAGGGAACUGAAGGUCCUCAGGGAGGCGCUCAGGGCUUCCCACAGACCCCUCCUGAGCACGGAGCAGAAGCCGAGGAAUCCAACCCCCAAGUGUGACAUCUCCCUGCAGAUAGAACCAGUGCACCAGGAUACAUUCUCCAGUCUCCAAGAGGAGCAGAUCUUCAGUGACCUGGGGGCCAAGUGCAAAGGGUCUCGACACGAGGAAGUCAUCCAGCGGCAGAGAAAGGCCUUGUCGGAACUCCGGAUACGAAUCAAAGAACUGGAGAAGGCCAACUCCUCCAAUCAUAAGGACCAUGCGAAUGAAUCGUUCCUAGAACUAAAGACUCUGAGAAUGGAAAAAAAUGUACAGAAAAUACUAUUAGACGCAAAGCCUGAUUUGACAACUCUCUCAAGAAUAGAGAUCCGAUCGGUAACCAAAAAUCGUUUAUCUCUGCAGUGACUGACACGAGAGGGUGGGCAUUAGGGCUGAUGUGAGCUGAGCUGCAAGCCAGUGUGUUGGAGGUUCAGGGCCAGGGCCUCCCUGAUAAGCAGGUGUCUGUCUGCAUACACCCGCCAGUGAGUCUCUGGAUAGUGGCACUGACAGUGGCCUCCAUCUGCACGGUACAGUCUGUCACAGCUUUGACUCUGAGUCACACUGGUCACUGAAGCACAAAGGACUCCUCCUUUUCCCAUGAGAUGUGACAUCCUGCGGAAAAUGUCCAACAGGCUGAUUCAGGAGACUAUGCCGUGAGUUUGUCAAAGUCUGCUGUUCCCUGGAACCCAAAGGCAUGAACACAUACAAGCAGAAGGACACUGGGAUGGGAGAGCCAGAGAGUCCUGUGAUGGGGUCCAGCCUGCAUGCUGUGUGUCCCCCAGCAAGGCUUUGACGAAACCCUGAAAGGAGAGCCAGGUGCAGCAACACACACCUGUAGUCCCGGGACUCACGCGUCCAGACAGGAAUAUCAGGGGUACAGGUCACGCUUGAUGACAUGCUAAAUUUUAGGUCUACCAAGGCUACUUAUGACCAUCUCAACAACAACAAAAAUCAA